UCCAUUUUUACUGUGUGUGUUCGCGUGUUUAUAGGGGGCUGUGCCAUCUGCAGGCUCAGUGCCUGGAUUUGUGAUAAGCACACACAACUUAGUUUGAUAACAAACUAAACAGCAGCUUCCGCCUCCGCGCCAUAGUUUGGGAUUCUUACACGGUCCGUGCGCUUCUCGCUGACUGCUUUGGGCUUUAAAUAUCUUUCUCCACUAGUUCUUCUCUGUGCGACAGCUACGGGAUAUGCCGAGAGGCGGAGGCGUUUCUUAUUCUACCCAAAGCUUCCCCAAGUUGGGACCCCACUGACGCGCUAUGACAUGAAGAAGGAGCACACUUGUGGACACAGCUGAAGUCACCUUUGGGCCUUCCCUUUAACCGCAUUUUUCCAUUAAGCUGAACAAGCCGUUUUCCUUUGAAGCAACACAGUGGGCUGGCCUGCUGCUGCUAGAUUUUCUUCCUCUACCUGUUAAACACCGCUGCCAUCAUGCAGACAUCAUCGAUCCGCCGCCAAAUGAAAAACAUGGUCAACAACUACACCGAGGCCGAGAUAAAGGUUAGAGAGGCCACCUCCAACGACCCCUGGGGACCCUCCAGCUCGCUCAUGGCUGAAAUUGCAGAUCUGACCUUCAAUGUUGUGGCUUUCGCAGAGGUUAUGGGUAUGGUCUGGAAGAGGCUCAAUGAUCACGGCAAAAACUGGAGGCAUGUUUACAAGGCGCUCACGCUACUGGACUAUUUAAUCAAAACAGGGUCUGAGCGCGUAGCCAGGGAUUGCCGGGACAACAUAUACAGCAUUCAGACACUGAGAGACUUCCAGUACUUAGAUCGAGAUGGACGUGACCAGGGCCUCAAUGUGAGGGAAAAGGCUAAACAGUUGGUGGCUCUGUUGAGGGAUGAAGAAAAGCUAAAGAAGGAGCGAACCCAGGCACUGAAGACCAAAACACGCAUGACAGGGGUCACAAGUAGCUUAGGUUCGAGUCCCUUACCUCCUCCUUACCCAGGAUACCCGAGUGAUGAGGGCGUCAGGUGCAGAAGCUCUCCUUCCUCCUUCCACUCUCCAGACCUGGAACAAGCACGGCCAGCAACCAGUGGCGAAGAGGAGCUACAGCUGCAGCUGGCCCUGGCUAUGAGCCGAGAAGAAAGUGAAAAGCCACCUCCUCGAGUGGAUAUCGAUGAGCAGACCCAGCUCCAGAUCGCUAUGAGCCUCAGCAAAGAGGAGGCCCACCAGCCAGUCCAACGCGCUCCUGCUGCUGCCCUGGAUAUGGACGAGGAAACUCAGCUCCAGUUGGCCCUGAGCUUGAGCAAGGAGGAGCACCAGCAGGAGCAGCUCAGCCGCCAAGGAGAUGAGUCCCUGCUCCAGAAAGCUCUGGACGAGAGCAAACGUGAAAUGGAGAAAAAAGGCGGGACGGCCUUUAUGGACCUGGUAGAUGUUUUCGCAGUACCCACAGAUCUGCCUCCCAGUGACCAUCGGUGGAAUAAUGCCUCACACCAGGCAGCUGCUGGGGCUGGAGGUACAGACCAUUGGGACUCUUUCGAAGGCAGCCGCGUUCCAAGAGCUGAUUCUCCAUGGAUGGUACCUCCACCUUCAAAUAGCCCUCCCCCACCGUGGGAACCUCCAGCCAACCCCUGGGAUCCACCACAGGACAACGUCUCCAGCCUCAGUCCUGUAUGGUCUUUGCCUGCAAAUACAGGAGCUGAUCUGUUCACAGCGCCUUUAGGAAGAUCAGCCCCUACAGAACCUGCUCCCCGAACUCUAAGUCCCUCAGAUGCUGAUCUGUUUGAUGACGCUAUGGAUGGUGGUCAGGUGAACGGGGCUAGUGGGCGAGAGGACAGCCCUGAGCUUUUUGACCUUUCUCGUCUUCGAGAAAGCCUGAAUGACCCCAGCUCUCGAACAUGCCGGACACCCGAGUCCUUCCUGGACCCUUCGGCAGCUUCCUUGGUGAACUUGGACAGCUUGAUCCCAGGAAACCCAUCAGCCAAGAACAAGAACCCGUUUUUAUCAGGCCUGAAUGCUCCUUCACCCAGCAAUCCAUUCCAAGCAGAUCAGCCGAAACUAAGUCUAAAUCAAAUGGGCACCGGCUCCGCCUUGACGGCUCCCCACGCCACUUCUCUUCCAUACAGUGCCUCCUUGCCGCUGCCUACAAGUCAUCCGGGUGCCAGCAUCCCGUCGUCACAUACUCACCCCACCCAUCCUGGACUGGACUUGCCAGUGAGGCUCCCUGAGCCCUUGUUGCCUUUCUCUUCAGCAAGUGCUCAGGGAUCACAGGCCGCACAGAGCAGUCAAAACCCCUUCUUAUGAGGACAAACUAAACCGGAAAAAAUAUUUUAGAAAAAUGGAAAUUCACUAAAUUGUCCUCUUGAAAUAUUGCUCUAACUGCACACCAAACUACAGCCCAAUGGACUUGUAUGGAAAAACCUAUUCUUAGUUGUUUUUAUAUUCUUGUAAUGCACAAUAACCUUUAGGUAGACGCAAGCUGAAUCUGCUCUUCACUGCAGCAACAUAUCCUGCUCCUCUUUUAAUGAACAGACUACAACAGAGAUAACACUUUUUUUUUUUUUUUUUUAAAUCUAACUACCAAGUGUCAAGUACAAUUUCAAGGUCAUACCCUACAACGUAGAAACAAAAGGUCUGAUAAUAUUUUGCUGUCAACAAACUAAGCUGUAAGUAGAGGGAAGAUGCAUUACAGGUUUAGGUGGUCACUGCUGAUUACACAUUCUCGGUAUGUGCACAUCUACCUGUUCGCUGCUUGAAGUACUGCAUCAUACUGGUAUAUGGCUGGAACAGAGCUGGUGGGGAAAAAUCAGUGUAUACCAGUCUGCUAUUAUGAAAUUCAAGUGGCGAAUGAAGUAAUAGUUUGGGAGGACUGUGAGCAAAUAAUUCAUAUGAAGUAACCUUAAAAAAUGUAUGAAUAUGAGUUUAUUCAUUGCUUGCAAACCACUGACUUCACCAAAUAUAGGAGUGUAUUUACAACACUGCUCAGUUCUUCCCAUGGGUUUAUUCACUUGCAUUUACUCAUUUCCCUUGGUAUCAAUACAUGCUACAUGAAAUCA